CUUUCUCCAACUAUAAACUUGCAUUACAUUUUUCUCAUUCUAACACAUAAAAUAAAACUAAAGCUAUGGUUCCUUCAAGAGACAACGUUGUUGUGUCUAAUUUGAAACUUGAGAAAUUGCUUUCCAUGAAAGGUGGUAAAGGAGAGUCUAGCUAUGCUAAUAACUCACAAGCUCAGGCAAUACAUGCUCGAUCCAUGCUUCAUCUUCUUGAAGAAACCCUAGAUAAGGUGCAACUCAACUCGUGGACUCACGAAGUUCCGUUUCAGGUUGUGGACUUAGGAUGUUCAUCUGGAAACAACACAAUCUACAUCGUUGAUGUGAUCAUCAAGCACAUGAUCAAGCGAUACGAGUCGUCCGGACUAGACCCGCCCGAGUUUUCGGCUUUUUUCUCCGAUCUUUCGAGCAAUGACUUCAACACUCUCUUUCAAGGCCUUCCACCUCUGGCUAAUUAUGGAGGAAGCAUGGAAGAGUGUCUAGCUGCUAGUGGUCACCGGAACUAUUUUGCGGCCGGAGUUCCGGGAUCUUUUUAUCGGAGACUUUUCCCGUCAAGAUCGAUUGAUGUAUUUCAUUCUGCAUUUUCCUUGCAUUGGCUAUCUCAGGUACCAGAAAGCGUGAUAGAGAAGAGAUCGAGUGCAUAUAACAAAGGAAAAGUGUUCAUCCAUGGCGCAACUGAGUCAACAGCGAGUGCAUACAAGACUCAGUUUCAGUGUGACCUGGCAGCAUUUCUCAGGGCAAGAUCACAAGAAAUCAAGAGAGGUGGGUCCAUGUUUCUUGUCUGCUUGGGUCGAACUUCGCCGGACCCCACAGACCAAGGUGGGGCAGGCCUUUUGUUUGGGACCCACUAUCAGGAUGCUUGGGACGAUCUUGUGCAAGAGGGUCUAAUAAAUAGUGAAAAGCGUGACACUUUCAAUAUUCCGGUGUAUGCACCAAGCCUACAAGAUUUCAGAGAAGUGGUCGAAGCCAAUGGCUCAUUUCUCAUAAACAAGCUCGAAGUAUUUAAAGGAGGCAGCCCUCUAGUGGUCGAUUGUCCGGACGAUGCAGCCGAGGUGGGUCGGGCUUUAGCCACUAGCUGCCGGAGUGUUUCGGGAGUACUUGUGGAUGCCCACAUUGGCGAUCGGCUAAGCGACGAGCUGUUUUUACGAGUAGAGCGCCGAGCAUCAAGCCAUGCUAAAGAGCUACUAGAAAAACUACAAUUUUUUCAUAUAGUUGCAUCACUUUCUUUUGCUUAAUUGGUGAGAAAAAGAAAGUGUAUGUACAUUGAAAGAAAAUAUGAGAAAAAAAGUCCUAAUGUUUCCCUCUUAUUAUGUUAUAUUUUCGAAGUAUGAAAAAGAAAGUAUUAUAUUGUACAAAAAGAGGAGGAAAAAAUGUUGCUUUACUUUUACUAAUUUCCUUUUGCUUUCUAUAUAUACUUAAUGGUUUUUGUGACUUUGUAUACCCUUGAA